UAACCGCAAUUUUGUGUGGCGUAGAUACAUACACACACACACACACACAACACACACCAACGUAAGCGCGCGUAAUCCGUGAUUCAUUGUCGCGCAACUGCGCGUAAAAAGUGUAUUCGAUUGUGCGUAGCGAUUAAUGUGAUGUUUUGCGUCGGCUGUAACGAGAAUGCCGAUACAGGCACCACAGUGGAAUGAAUAUUUGUCUUGCCCAAUCUGCUGCCAUGAAUUUGACGUGGCAGAGCGAGGUCCCAUCUCACUGGGUUGCGGUCAUACUAUCUGCCGUACCUGCCUUGCCAACCUUCACCGCAAACAGUGUCCUUUCGAUCAGAGCACAAUCAACACGGAAAUCGACAGAUUGCCAGUAAAUGAGGCAUUGCUGCGAUUGGUGGGCAACAGCCAGAUCCCGGCGAGUGUGGCCGCGGCGUAUCAGAAGCUGCUACCAGCUGAAGAACAUGCUAACUACUUGGUGGCUAAGAGCUGCAUUGAGCAGCUGGCUUUGUAUCUCAAGCCAUGCCAAGCCGCCAGCCCCACCGUGGCCGCAGGCGUGGGUCUGGUGUCGCGUCCGAUGCAGCGUAAACUGGUAACAUUGUUGGGCUGUCAGUUGGUGGAGCCGGAAGGCCGGGCGCGGGCAGUACGUGCUGCCCGUAGCCUAGGCGAGCGAUCUGUUACCGAAUUGAUAUUACAACAUCAGAAUCCGCAGCAACUCAGCGCCAACUUGUGGGCGGCAGUUCGCGCUCGUGGUUGUCAGUUCCUCGGACCAGCGAUGCAGGAGGAGGUCCUCAAACUCGUUCUGUUGGCCUUGGAAGACGGUUCAGCAUUGUCGCGAAAGGUGUUAGUGAUGUUUGUGGUACAACGUCUGGAGCCGCACUUUCCACAGGCGUCGAAAACAAGCAUCGGGCACGUGGUACAACUUCUGUAUAGAGCAAGUUGCUUUAAGGUUUCUAAGCGAGAGGGUGACUCAUCGCUGAUGCAGUUGAAGGAAGAAUUUCGCACUUACGAGGCUCUGAGACGCGAACAUGACGCGCAAAUUGUGCAAAUCGCCACGGAAGCUGGCCUAAGAAUUGCGCCAGAUCAGUGGUCGGCGUUGUUGUAUGGUGACACAGCUCACAAGUCCCAUAUGCAGAGUAUCAUCGACAAGCUGCAAACGCCGCAGUCGUUCGCUCAGAGUGUACAGGAACUUGUGAUAGCGCUUCAACGCACACCGGAUCCAGGACAGCUAAGUGGUCUGAGACCGCAAUUGGAACUGCUGGCUGCUAUAGAUCCCAGUCCAGAAGCAGAACCACCAACUUUAACAGAUUGUCGAGCUGCGUUAGAGGCUGUUAGGAUAGUAGUGGCUGCGCUGGUAGAUUUUGUGCGGCAGCAUGGUGGCGGCGCCGGUGGAGGUAAUCGGAAAUCGCAGGACGGCGGAUCUGCGGGUUCAGUCGCUGGCUCAGGCCCAGCGGGCUCCGCCAGCAAGUACAAAGUCAGCAUGUGUAGGGACUUGACUCUGAGAGGUUCUUGUCCGCGAUCUGGAAGUUGUACCUUCGCCCACAGUGAUGUGGAACUCGACAAGUAUCGAUCGAAAAAUCGUAAAUUGGGCGUCAGGACGAAUUUGAAUACGGAAUUGAAAGGAGAUAAAAGUACAACUAAUAACAAUAAAACCUUCAAGCAGAAAGACGAAUUGACUUAUCACCAUUCUGUGAAAACACAUGAUAACGUACACCGAGAAAAUCUUUCGAUUCCACGUCCUAUCCCAACUUUGAACGAAACUACUUUUAUCGAACCACUGACAACAGGCUAUGUGUUGCCACCCUCGCAAAAUUUGACGCAUGUGGUAUACCCAAAGAGCACAAUGGAUUCUUUGCAUUGUUCACAUUACAUCGUGGGCCCAGGUCCAAUCGACUACGCUCCCGCGCCGCCGACAGCGAGCCUUGGGAUGUGGGACACACCGCAGAUGCCGAGCAAACUGUCGACGACAACCAACGACAUUUCAAACGGAGGUAAAAAGCAGCGAACGGUAGCCAAAACGCUGGCCAUGCUGUUGCAGCGUAGGAUGGAAAUUUUGAAUCAGUUAGAAACGAUUGUCGGCAAGCAGUCGCCUCAGAUAAAAACGGAUUAUGAUAUCCAGACAGAUUUGUUGACGCCGAAUUGGGCGGCCAGUGGCAUACCCGGUACCCCGCUGUUACUACCGCCCAAUAGCUUUCGGUUGCCCGCCACUCCUCGUGAUCCUUCCGUUAUUCUUCACGACGACGAUUUAGUACCUUUUGAACCUACUGUUCUACCGCCUGCUAGUAAAUAUGGACCAAUUUCCAGACAACUCUCCAAAACUCUAAUAAGAUCUCCGAGCGGGUUGCAGGCACCAGCGAGUUUCUACAAUGAAGGAGGCGGCCCACCCACUCCCGCCCCGCUGACUGCAUUCAGACCGAAUUCUUGGUAUUACGGCAAUCAACCUUACGCUACAAUGGGAGGUAACGGAGGCAUGCAGACGACAGCGACGAAGGCUGCUUUCGCCGACAAUUACGUCACUCUUGGCCGCAAUAUCGCCGUUGAAUCACCAGCCAUCCAAUUUCCUCGUUCUGAAUGCACGUCAAAGGACCUGAUACUCGAGUCGCAAAAGGUGAAGCAGCAACUCAAACAUCUCGAGAAGAAGAUCAACGAUUUAAAACUAGCGACGCAGGCUAAUGCGACGUUUACGGCGGGCGAGAGACUAGCGCAGGAGUUGCAGUUGAUCGAGGCAGGUAUUCGUGAGCGCGAGAGAGAUGUGCGCAAUUGGACAGUGGCGGCUACAACUCCUUAUUGCACAGCACCCACUUCCGCUACCGCCACUACUUUCCCGCUUUGCUGUCAACAACCCGCCGUCGAUAACGACCUACUUACUGGCCAGGAAUACAGUCGCGAUUACAAGACUCAGGAGGAGGAUACGUACGAGGCGGGAAUAGCUCAUGACAUACGCGAGUUCGAAUUGCGCUGGGAAUAUGAAUUGCGAGAAGAGGAUAAGCACUGGUCCUCCAGCGAGGACGAUCCCUCCAAAAAAUAAUACAACAACAGUAUCCUAUUAAUCCAGAAGAAAACAUGUAUUUUCACAUGUUGAGUAAUUCUUGGCUUCUUCGAUUAUUAUGCUGAGAGGAAGUAAGUAGAAUUUCCGACGUUAAAGUGGGAGAGAGGAAAUGAGGAAAAGGAGAGAAAGAGAGAGAAAUGGUACAAAAAGUUAGAUUUAUUUAUUAUUUGUAAAAUAAUAUUGUAUUGUGACAUAUAAAGACAUUUAUUAUUUUAUUACGUUAAUUAAGAUGGAAAAUUAUGCAACGAUAGAAAGUCAUGAAUUUACGAGUUAGAUUAGAAAUUUUCUUCUAUCUCUCCCUCUUUUUCUCAUUGUCUCUCUCUCUUUUUCUACUUUAUAUAAUAAAAAAGUAUACGUAUAUUAAUAUAUAAUAAAUGUAUGUAUAUAUAUGCAUUACUAUAUUCACAUUAAUUUUAAUGCACUCGAGAAAGUUUUUAUGUUUGACGAACGACUCACGAAUCUGUCUUUCUGAAAGCUGCAAAAAAAAGAAGACGUAGCCAUAAUAUGAAAUUAUGUGGUGUAUUAAAAUUAAUAAGAAUGAUGUAGUGUAUUCAUUAUAUACUAUAAUAUAUAAAGGGAACUAUACAUUCGGAAAGAAUGCUGAUUGACCUCAGAAAAGGUAAUACUAUCUUAUUACCAUUAUUAAUUUUUUUUGUGUAUACGUUUAGAGGAGAAUUUUUAUCCAUGAACGCAAGACUAACAAAGACGGAUCGCUAUUAUCCAAUAAUUAUAUUACCACAAAGUUAUUAUCUCUUGUUUUAAAUUCUAUCAAUAUUUUUUAAUGUGACAUUAUUGUUUUUAUUAUUUACAUUCUUUUGAAAUUCAUUAAGAUUAAUCGUGAAUCAUGUUCCAAAUUUCUAUCUUUUAAUUUAAUCACCAAAAAUUAAAGAAAUGGGUUUUUAUUUGGUAUAUAUGAGACUUUUAAUUUUGAAAUUAGAAUUAAGUAUUCUUUUAUGCACAUUAGCUUCGAAAUCUCAAUUCAAUUUUAUAACUAAUUUUUUUUAUAAAAAUUUUGAAGAGAUUUAAUUAUAAUUGCAAUCCAUUUUUAUACGAUAACGUGCUGAUUUAAUGAUAAUUAUGAUGCGUGGAUUAUUUAUAUGUGGAGAAUCACAUCUAUAAAAAGUUAAUUAUAUAAUUAUAUAUAAUAGCAUAAUUAUAUACAAAUAAUGAUUUAAUAAGAAUUGAAUAUUUUCAUUUAAUAUGUACAUGAAAGUAUUCAGUUCUUUUUUAAUCACCGUCCAUAAUAAUGCGGACUUAAUUAUGGAAAAUAAUCGAAAUGAUGUUAGACAAUGAUACGGUGCAAUCAAUUUUUUUGCGUAUUAUUAUGCAAUAACAAUCGUGAAGAUUGUCUAUUAUGCAUUUGUUUGCACAAUGCAGUUUUUUUAAUUUAUUAUACAAUUUAUAUUGCUGAUCUAGCCAGCGCGCCAUAAUGAUAAUAAUGAUAACUAUGCGUGGUGGGAGGUUUCGCUUGUCUCUUAUUAAAGAGAUUAAUUGCAAAAAGCAAAUCCUAUCGCUCCUUAUUAGAGAGAAAAAUAAUAGAAAAAGUAGAACUAGAAAAUAAAUGAAAUAAUAAGAGACAGAAAAUAUUCUACGUUUUUAUUUAUUUUUUCUAACGAUAUACAAUAUUUCCAAUAUCUAGGUAUAGCUUCCGGAAUGGAGCCGUGUCUUGAAUCAGCGAUAUGCUCCAUAUGCUCCAUUCCGGAAGCUAUACCUAGACAUUGUAUCAAUGGCCGUGAAAGCCUUAAAUCUAAUAUUUCCAAUAUUUUAUUCAGAGAAAACUUUUUGUGUACCUAUCGAUAAUAAUACGUUUUUAAUAUAUUUUAUAAUAGAAAAUGAAAGUUUUUUCUUUUCUAAUAAUAAACAAUAUUUCUUCUCUUUUUUCUGUCUUGUAGUGCACUAAAAUUUCCGAGACAGAAUUAUUUCUAUCUCUUACUAUUUUUCCUGAUAAACAAAUUAUGUAACGGCUGGGAAGGAAAUUCUAUACUUGUCUCUGUUAAGCAGAGAAUAAGCGCAAAGAAAAAUUCUAUUCAAGAGAAUAGCGGUCGCUUCAUUUUAGAGGAAGGAUAAUAGGAAACAGGAUUAGAAGAAAUAAUAGUAGGAAAUCCUAAUUAGUGAGAAAAUUGUUUAAUUAUAUAUGUUAUAUAAUAUAGUAUUAUGCAAUAGUGAUGAGUUUUGAAUUUUUAACGUUUCACGUAUAUCUCGCAGCAAAUAAUAAAAAAAAUUUACAACGAAACAGAUAAAUUGUAACAGUUAUAUUAAUAGAUAUAAAAUCUUUGUACUUUCUUUGUAAUUCAGACUUUUAGUAUUAAUAACAAUUGUGUGGUAAUUCAUAAAUAUAAGUUUUACUAGUUUCUCCUAUUAUUAUUGAUUCUAAUUCCACUAGCUCUCUUAUUAUCGCGCUUUGGACUUUUAAUAAUAAAAAUAUAUUGCAUGUUAAACAUGUCGCUAUGUGUACAGUGGUUACACGAUCGAUCUUACAGUUCUAUAUAUGUUAUUAUAAAUAAAACGUUCUUUGUUUUAUACGAUAUUGUUCGUGACGCGAUAUGAUAGUUGUAUACAUAUCGGAUGUACGAUAAAUGAAUCUGUACCUUAGGAAAAAAGGGCCAAUGUCCGCUCCUUUAGUUCUUGGGAGCUAUGAACUUUGCAAAUCUUCAAGACAGUAUCCAUCGAAUUCUAAUCAGUCAACUAACAUUUUAGCCGUUAAAAAACGAAAUGUACAAUUGAACUGAGAAAAAAAUCAUUGGAACUUGAUGAGAGUCAAGAUUUUUAUAAUCGAGAACCGAAUAAACGGACGUCGGUCUUUUUUCUCCCAAUGUGCAAGGCCACACACAGUCGGCGUACUCGCCGCUUAUCAGUAUACGGACACUUUCCUUUCCAUGUGUCAUCUUUCCGUUAAUAUUUGCGAAUUAAAUAACGAGUGUUUUUUGAUAUACUGGAAGACUACUCUACAACGUGAUAAUGUACAAUUCGUAAAUUACAAUUACCGUGUAUACAAAUAGAUACGCGUUAAAUUAUAUACCACACAAUUGUAAUGUACGAGUUGUAAUAAAAUUUAUAUAUUGUUACUUUUCCGGCGUACUCUCGUGCGUAUACAUAUACAAAAACAUACAUACAACACAUACGUGUUUCACGCAUACACAUACGUACACAUACAUACGCGCGCGUGUAUUUCUUUCAACGGGUAUACUGUAUAAGAGAGAGCGAGGGGAAAAAUGUAAUGUAUAUAAAUAUAAUAUAUUCGUGUACUCAAUAAAAUGAUUGUUACGCAAUAUA